AUGGCAUCUACAAUUGAACUUGCGUCUUCUUUUAUUGAGGGCGCCCCGCCCGGCGAGCUCGCUGACGUUAUUGCCGAUGUACAAGCCUUAACAUCCGAGGGCGAGGACAUCAUUCCAUCGCUUGCCCCUGCCUUCGAGAGAUACAAUGAGAGCCAGCUGGCCACUGUGAAACUGCCAGGGUCAAGCCAGGAGGUUAUUGUUAGUGAAUUUAACAAGGAAGAGGGCAACCGCUAUUUUGACUCAGAGACCCAAACGUCGUUCGAGGUCGACCAUACCACACAGACUGCCUCCAAUGCGCAAUCAUCUCCUCUGGAAUCUCAAAAUGCCGACCUGAUCAAAUCGCUGCUCAAGGCACUGGGUGUGCAUGCUCGCGAACACUACCCCAGCUGUUCCUAUGGUGUGUAUCCGAUUGAAAAUGACUCUGCUGUCGCAAUUCUUUUGGUAGCCAACCGCUACUCUCCUAAUAACUUCUGGAACGGUCGGUUCCGAGCCAUCUAUCAAGUCCCCGUCUCCUCUUCAUCCACAGCGGUGAGCGGCAAAAUCCAUGUCGACGUGCACUAUUACGAAGACGGCAACGUUUCCCUCAAUACGAUCAAGCCCGUCCAAAUCUCCGUACCCUCCGUCUCUGCCGGGUCCAUCAUCUCACGCAUUGCCGCAGCCGAGCGUGAUUAUCAAGAGGAGCUCAACCGGGCGUUCGUGCGCAUGGCCGAGGGUGCAUUCAAGGGCCUGCGUCGACAGCUUCCCAUUACGCGGCAGAAGGUGGAAUGGGAGAAGGUCGGUGGAUAUCGGUUGGGUCAGGACAUCUCGGGCGGCAAGGGACGAUAA